GGGGGACCCAGGGAAAAAGGCUUGUACGUAGUCAAAAACAGGUCGAUAAAGAUGGCUGAAGAUGUUUUUAAAAUUGUAACUAAAACCGAGGAGUUGGAGGAUUUCUACAGUCUUCUAGAUUGUGGAGAGUAUGCGACGAAUGAACAAAUCAAUACGGAAUUCAAGAAAAAGGCAAAAGAAUGGCAUCCCGACAAAAAACGAAAUGACACCGAUAGCCACGAAUACUUUGCAAGGUUAAAGAAAGCUCGUGAUGUUUUGUGUGAUGAAAAAAUGCGUGCAAAAUAUGACCACUGGCGGCAUAUACAAAUUGCAGUCCCAUUCGAAGUUUGGAUGAGUCUUGAAAAAGCUGCGCAUGCCUCAGUUCACUGGGCUCCAAAACCUCGUAGCCAGCUUAUGAUAACACAAGAUACAUGUUAUACUAGAGGAUGCAAGAGACAACUUGCCGAAGAGCAUCAGACAGAUCCAGUCAACUCACCAUAUGGACUAUGUAACACAAGUAGACAUAGCACACACUCCUGGUGGGGGAACCGAAGGCAUAGUGGUCACAUUAGCAAGUUCAGGAAGUAUGAGAUAUAAAACAAGCCUGCUAAUAUUUGCUCUUGGGGCAGCAUAUAAACUGGUCAAGUUGAAAUUUGUAUGGAUUAUACGGUGGCUACUGCUUAAGCCUCAUAUUUGUUUGUGAAAAGAAGACUUGAAAUGAACAGUAGUGGUGUGGCUUUGCCCCCAAUGACACAUAUUAGCACAUUCAUGACACAAGGAAACACAUUAAUGACACAAGGAAACACAUUAAUGACACAAGGAACACAUUCAUGGUACAAGGAAACACAUUCAUGGUACAAGGAAGCACAUUUAUGACACAAGGAAACACAUUAAUGACACAAGGAACACAUUCAUGGUACAAGGAAACACAUUCAUGGCACAAGGAAACCCAUUAAUGACAAAAGGAAACACAUUCAUGUAACAAGGUAACUCAUUAAUGACACAAGAAAACAAAUAAAUGACACAAACAAGCACAUGAAUGACACAAGAAAACACAUUUUGAUGACACAAGGAAACACAUUCAUGUUACAAGGAAACAUUUAUGACACAAGGUAACACCUUUUAAAUAUUAAAACUUUAUUGACAUCUUUGAGAGUUUGUACAUUGAGACAAAUAAUUUGGGGACAUUCCCUGCCCCAUAAGGAAUAGGGAACAUAUUUAAUAAAGAAUAAAUGUGGGCUCAAA